GGUAAGCAUCGGCAAGAAGUUACGGAUCCGAAUACGAAUCUUGUUAGCCUCAAAAUGACAGAUCUUCAGCUUCUGUAUAAAGCAAUUAGAGACUUCUUUGAUGAAACACCCGUUGAAGAAUGGUCAUAUAUUCUUUUUUUAGAGUCAUUUAAACCCGUUAUUAUGUCGGUAUUAGAUAUCGCAAAACGAGAUGAAAAAGCUACAUGGAGGAAGAGAUUUAUAAAACGUUUAGAAAAGAUUGCAGAUGACGACGCGUAUACUGAACAGCAGAGAAAGAACGCAAUUCUUUUGAAAGAAAAGGGCUCAAUAUCUGCAGAUCUCUUCUGGGACAAUAUUGAAAAAGAAAAAGAUAAUUUACGUAGAAGGCGGGAGGAUUCAGUCCGCCAUAAUACAGAAGUGGAUGCAUUAAAUCUCUUAGAAACAGCACGCGCAGAAAAGACGAAAAUAAUUUUGAAUUCACUGAAGCGAAAACCUGAGGACAUAGUAAAUACAAAAAAACGAUGCAAGUUACCUGAGAACGAUUCUGAAUAUUAUGAAUGUAGUGACUCGGGAGAGAGCGAGGCGGAAUCAACUAAUGAAGAACAAGGUGAAGAAGAAAUUAGGGGGCUUUCACAGGACGAAGUGGAAAUCCGUAACAAAUUACUUAAAAUUCUGACUGCACGCCAAGAAAAAGACAGAGAAGCCGGGAAAAAUUUUAU